UCACAGGAUUUCUGGAAUGUUCAUGCAGUAGACAUGUAGGCGCAAGUCAGACAAUUUUUAACAUAAUGCAACACACUUUGAAAGGCGGUCACUUACUUGACUUGACAAAAGUGAUCAGCUCGAACGCGCCCACUGUAUGUACAUUUGUAGCCAAUCCCGUCGAUUGUAGCCUAGACGUCGAUAGAUACACGUUUUCAUCUGAACGAAAAGACAGCAACGUACCAAAACAGAGGGAGAAAGUCUACUAUAUUGCGCGCUGUUCGUAUAUGGGAGUUAAUCAAUGUGUUUGUUUGGCAAAGGUGCAGCUCCAAGCUCCAAGGCAGACAGACACACCAGCUUUACAGGAAGGUAGACACACCUACCCCUGGCCAGUUUGAUCCCGUUGUGUGUACAAAUGAGUGGCCUGGCUGAAGAGCGCAGCGUUGGUACACACCACAGAGCUCACACAGUAGGAUGUCGUGGGUCAGAGGCUUCUUCGUAGCCAGAGUGGACGAGCGAAAGACCGCGUGGGGGGAGCGCAAUGGCAGCAAGUCCAUCAAGCGGAAGGACUGUGGCUCAGGGUCGUCUCUCUGCAACCCCCGCUACAUGAGCUGCCUGCGGGAAGCUGAGGACCUAGAUCCACCACCCCACACCCCCCAGCACUACCACUGUGGUGGAGGGGGCGCGGGGCCCAGCGGAGGAGGUAACUUUGGAAUGCGCUGCGUCUGGCAGGAGGACCACUAUGGGAAACGGACCGGGGCGGCGGGAGACCUGGGGUUAAAGGCUGUGGAUCUGGGGUUCGACGACGGAGACCUGAGAGGGAGGAGAGGUCCAGGGGGGGAGGAUUUGGGGGAAGGAACAGGGGAGGAUGGAGGAACAUGUAAAGCCUUGACAGCCGCUGAGUGCUGGAUGUGUGUGGUACGGGUGUUCCAGUCCAAGAAGUUCACCUCAGCCAAACUGGAACGUCUGUACCAGCGCUACUUCUUCAGGCUCAACCAGAGCUCUCUGACUAUGCUGAUGGGUGUCCUUGUCAUAGUCUGUGGCGUCAUGCUAGCCUUCCACUGUGUCCACGCUCCACCUGACGUAGCCUACGCCUCGGUGCUCUCCGUGGCCAUGGCCCUCUUCCUGUCCAUGAUGGUGGUGUGCAACAGGAACAGCUUCCACCAGGACUACAUGUGGAUCGUCAGCUACCUGGUGAUCGGGGUGCUGCUGGUGGUCCAGGUGUUCGGGGUGGUGAUGGUUGCCCCCCGGAGCGCCUCUGAGGGAAUCUGGUGGUCCGUGUUCUUUGUGUACAUUAUCUAUACACUGCUGCCGGUGAGGAUGAGAGCUGCAGUGCUGAGUGGAGGGGUACUGUCUACCAUACACCUCAUCACCGCAUGGCAACUCAACCAGGACGAUAUCUUCCUAUGGAAACAGCUGAGUGCCAACGCUUUGGUCUUCCUGUGUACCAACAUGAUAGGUAUCUGUACCCACUACCCUGCCGAGGUGUCUCAGAGACAGGCCUUUCAGGAGACCAGGGGGUAUAUCCAGGCCCGGCUCUACCUGCAGAGAGAGAACCAGCAACAGGAGCGCUUGCUGCUGUCGGUGCUUCCAAGGCACGUUGCCAUGGAGAUGAAGGCAGAAAUCAACGCCAAGAAGGAAGAUAUGAUGUUCCACAAGAUCUACAUCCAGAAACAUGACAACGUCAGUAUACUGUUUGCAGACAUCGAAGGAUUCACCAGCCUGGCAUCACAAUGCACAGCACAAGAGUUGGUGAUGACACUGAAUGAACUUUUUGCUCGCUUUGACAAACUAGCUUCGGAGAACCACUGUCUGAGGAUAAAGAUCCUUGGGGACUGCUACUACUGUGUGUGUGUCUGUGUACUACAGGAGAACCACUGUCUGAGGAUAAAGAUCCUUGGGGACUGCUACUACUGUGUGUGUGUCUGUGUACUACAGGAGAACCACUGUCUGAGGAUAAAGAUCCUUGGGGACUGCUACUACUGUGUGUGUGUCUGUGUACUACAGGAGAACCACUGUCUGAGGAUAAAGAUCCUUGGGGACUGCUACUACUGUGUGUGUGUCUGUGUACUACAGGAGAACCACUGUCUGAGGAUAAAGAUCCUUGGGGACUGCUACUACUGUGUGUGUGUCUGUGUACUACAGGAGAACCACUGUCUGAGGAUAAAGAUCCUUGGGGACUGCUACUACUGUGUGUGUGUCUGUGUACUACAGGAGAACCACUGUCUGAGGAUAAAGAUCCUUGGGGACUGCUACUACUGUGUGUGUGUCUGUGUACUACAGGAGAACCACUGUCUGAGGAUAAAGAUCCUUGGGGACUGCUACUACUGUGUGUGUGUCUGUGUACUACAGGAGAACCACUGUCUGAGGAUAAAGAUCCUUGGGGACUGCUACUACUGUGUGUGUGUCUGUGUACUACAGGAGAACCACUGUCUGAGGAUAAAGAUCCUUGGGGACUGCUACUACUGUGUGUGUGUCUGUGUACUACAGGAGAACCACUGUCUGAGGAUAAAGAUCCUUGGGGACUGCUACUACUGUGUGUGUGUCUGUGUACUACAGGAGAACCACUGUCUGAGGAUAAAGAUCCUUGGGGACUGCUACUACUGUGUGUGUGUCUGUGUACUACAGGAGAACCACUGUCUGAGGAUAAAGAUCCUUGGGGACUGCUACUACUGUGUGUGUGUCUGUGUACUACAGGAGAACCACUGUCUGAGGAUAAAGAUCCUUGGGGACUGCUACUACUGUGUGUGUGUCUGUGUACUACAGGAGAACCACUGUCUGAGGAUAAAGAUCCUUGGGGACUGCUACUACUGUGUGUCUGGGCUGCCUGAGCCCCGGGCCGACCACGCCCACUGCUGUGUGGAGAUGGGAGUGGACAUGAUCGAGGCCAUCUCGCUGGUGAGAGAGGUCACAGGGGUCAACGUGAACAUGCGUGUGGGUAUCCAUAGUGGCAGGGUCCACUGUGGGGUGCUGGGACUCAGGAAGUGGCAGUUUGACGUCUGGUCCAAUGACGUCACACUAGCCAAUCACAUGGAGGCAGGGGGCGCGGCAGGCCGUAUCCACAUCACCAAGGCCACCCUACAGUACCUGAAUGGGGACUAUGAGGUGGAGCCAGGGUUCGGAGGGGACAGGAACGCCUAUCUCAAGGAGAACAACAUCGAGACAUUCCUGGUGCUGGGAUGCAGCCAGAAAAGGAAAGAGGAGAAGGCAGCGAUGGCCAAGAGUGCCAUGAUGCAGCGGGCACGUGCCAACUCCACUGAGGGCCUAAUGCCAUGCUGGGUACCCGACACAAGGUUCUCCAGGACCAAGGACUCCAAGGUCUUCAGACACAUGGGAAUUGAUGAAACGUCCAGACAAGACAACCGUUGUUCCCAGGAGGCCCUGAACCCUGAGGACGAGGUGGAUGAGUUUCUGGGCCGAGCCAUCGACGCCCGCAGCAUAGACCAACUCCGUAAAGACCACGUGAAGAGGUUUCUGCUCACCUUCCAGACUAAAGACCUGGAGAACAAGUUCUCCAAGAAGGUGGAUGAUCGUUUUGGAGGCUACGUGGCCUGUGCUCUGUUAGUCUUCUGCUUCAUCUGUUUCAUUCAGAUUAUCAUCUUCCCACACACACCUCUCAUGCUGGGUGUCUACAUCAUCAUCUUCAUCAUCCUCGUCAACAUCCUCUUCAUCUGUGCCAUUUACUCCUGCGUCAAGCUCUUCCCAGUUGUCUUGCAGACAGUGACUAAGAAUAUAGUCCAGUCUCGUACCAACAGUACCCUGGUGGGAGUCCUCACCAUCCUACUUCUCUUCAUGUCUGCCUUUGUUAACAUGUUGACCUGUGACCGAGAGGGCUUGGUGGACUGUGUGGUGCGUGAGAGGAACCUGUCCUCCAGCUUGCUGACCCUGUGUCUACUACACAACCUGACCCAGUCAGCACAGGAUGGACUGACCCUGUGCCCCAGCCAGCCCACACCAUGCCACUUCCCUGAGUAUUUCUGCUACAGUGUUCUCCUGACCCUGCUGGCCUGCAGUGUGUUCCUCCACAUCAGCAGUAUAGGGAAGCUGGCCCUCAUGGUGCUGAUCCAGGUCACCUUCCUGCUGCUGGUGGAGUGGCCCCAGGUGGCCCUGUUUGACAACGCAGACCUGCUGCUCACCGCCAGCACCCUGAUUCCUAGUUUCAAUGAAACAGCUACAGAGACAUGCCAGGAGACUGUGACCAAGGUGUCCCUAAAGGUCAUGACUCCUGUCAUCCUUACGGUGUUCAUCCUGGCUCUGUACCUGCAUGCUCAGCAGGUGGAGUCCACCGCACGCCUCGACUUCCUGUGGAAGCUGCAGGCCACAGAGGAGAAAGAGGAGAUGGAGGAGCUUCAGGCCUACAACCGCCGGCUCCUCCACAACAUCCUGCCUAAAGACGUGGCUGCCCACUUCCUGACGCGGGAGCGGCGUAACGACGAGCUCUACUACCAGUCCUGUGAGUGUGUGGCCGUCAUGUUCGCCUCCAUCUCCAACUUCUCUGAGUUCUACGUGGAGCUGGAGGCCAACAACGAGGGAGUGGAGUGUCUCCGGCUGCUCAACGAGAUCAUCGCAGACUUUGACGAGAUCAUCAGUGAGGACAAGUUCCGCCAGCUGGAAAAGAUAAAGACCAUCGGUAGCACUUACAUGGCAGCCUCUGGCCUCAAUGACUCUACCUACGACCGCGAGGGACGAUCGCACAUCCUGGCUCUGGCAGACUACGCGAUGAGACUCAAAGAACAGAUGAAGUAUAUCAAUGAACACUCCUUCAAUAACUUCCAGAUGAAGAUAGGUCUCAACAUGGGUCCAGUGGUGGCUGGGGUGAUUGGGGCCAGGAAGCCCCAGUAUGAUAUCUGGGGGAACACUGUCAACGUAGCCAGUCGAAUGGACAGCACCGGAGUCCCAGACUGCAUACAGGUGACCACAGACCUGUACCACGUCCUGGUAAAAAAAGGCUACCAGCUGGACCACAGAGGCCUGGUUAAGGUGAAGGGGAAGGGAGAGAUGACCACAUACUUCCUUACCAGCGGUCCCAAUGGUCCCUAGGGCAGUUAACCACCGAUUACCACUGGCUGCUAAUACAUGAAGAAGAGAGAGAUGAGAGGAAGAGGGGGGGUGAGUGAAUUAGGGAAAGAGGGAGAAUGGGGGAAGAAGUGAGAAGAGAGAGAGGGGGGAGUGAGUGAGUUAGGGAAAGAGGGAAGAAGUGAGAAGAGAG